AAAAUUUGAAUUUUGUAAUUUUCUGUCGUCAAUCGAAAAUUUAUUAAUUCACAAAAUUUUCAGCUCUUGCAGCUUGUAUUAAGUCAUUUAUUAAUUUUUGUAAGAGAGGUCUAUUGUACUCAAUUAUAUUCAUAAUGACUGCCUGGAGACAAGCUGGUUUAAACUACAUCAACUAUUCAAAUAUCGCUGCACGAAUUCUUCGUCGCACAUUAAAACCCGAAGCAAGAGUUGAAGCUGCAAAACGUGAUGAAAGUCAUAUUCGAUUCACUCCUUGGACCAAUGGCAAACCAACCCAUGAAAAGUAAAGUAAAAGAAAGAGUUCCUCUCUUAUUGUAAGGACGCAGUCGAAUCUGCUUAAGCUUUCUGAUGAACAUCCCGUUUUAUCUAAUUAUAAUUAAUAAAAUCCACAAAAUUAGCAUCCAUCAUAUGGAAU